CAUCGAUCGAUCUCAUGGGACGGAGACGCCCCAGUCACUCCGAGGAGGACGCGGCGGCACCGUCCGCACAGGACCCCGCUCAGUCGAAGCUGCCGUGGGGGAUGGAGAAGACAGAGAUGCAGCCCAGCUCUCUAACGUCGCUCACGGACGACAAACUGGCGCGCUUCGUGCUGGGCCACCAGAAGAAGACCAAGUUCCAGAAGGUUUGCCGGCGCUAACGGCACUGUUAAUUCGUGGCUUAAUUCACUGACGACGGAAGUAAAUGCAGGAGCGAGAAGAUCGUGAAGCCAAGAAACGGCAAGCAGAUGAGGAAGCUGCCAGAAUCUACGCGACGUUCGUGGCGUCUUUCGAUAAUGAGGACGAUACAAAAGGCAAAGCAUUUGUUAGAGGAGGAACACAAGCAGCUCAGGGCCAUAGUCAGUCGGCAGUGCAAAGCAGAGAUGUGUACCGACUCAAGGGCAAGGAACAGGUCGCUUCUUCUUCAUCGGGGAAAAAGGUGUCGGAGAUGGACAAACUACUACAAGAGAUCAAGCAAAAAGAUGCCGAGCAGAGAGAGAUGCUUCAAACAAUACACAGGCCGAAGAAACGACGUGCUAUUGAUGAGUUUCUGGAGGAAAUGAAGGAGCGAGGCCCUGCGCCUGUCUCGAUGGAAGGUGUUGGUAUGACGAAAGGAUCGUUCGACAAUGGAGACCCGGAGACAACGAAUUUGUAUGUGGGGAAUUUGGCACCGACUGUCACAGAGGAAGUUCUGCAGGCGGAGUUUGGGCGCUACGGAGAGGUAUACUCAGUGAAAAUCAUGUGGCCGCGAUCAGAAGAAGAACGAGCGCGCAAACGCAAUUGUGGAUUUGUCAGCUUCUACAAACGGCGAGAUGCUGACGAUGCUCGCAUCAACUUGGAUAACAAGCAGUUGGAGGGUCAACCAAUGAUUGUUGGAUGGGGCAAAGCAGUGAAGAUUCAGCCUCAGGCUCACGCUCCUGGUCUUAUACUUCCGUCGGUAGUGCCCAAUCCACUGGUAAUUGCCACACCUGCUGCAUCAACUGCCAAUAUCGAUAUAACUGGAAAGCAGGCCGUUACGAUCGAGAUACCUAUCGAUCAAGAGGUAAGGCGGCGCGUGAAUCAUCUAGCUCACUAUGUGGCUGCCGAUGGACUCCAGUUUGAGAAUGCGGUGCGCAUGCGCGAAGCAAACAACAAGGCCUACAGCUUCCUCUUCGAUCCCCAAUCUGCUUUGGCGCUGUACUAUCGAUGGAGAGUCUACUCGUUCGCGAUGGGGGAUGACGAGCACUCCUGGCGUGAAAAACCGUUUCAGAUGACACUCGAAGGUCCUGUGUGGAUACCACCCAAGAUGCCUUCUCGAUCGCCUAGGGAUCGGAGACGGGGCUCUCAUUCUCGAUCGUCUGGACGAUACAGCCAUCACGACAGAGGUGCCUCACACCGGAGCCAUAGCAGAGGCCGGAGCUAUAGUCGGAGCAGAUCCCGAAGCUCUAGUCGAAGCCCAAGAAGGUCCCGUCGACGAAGCCGAAGUGGUAGUCGUCAUCGUUCUCGUAGUAGCUCAAGCAGCUCUGGUGACGAUCGCAGUAGUCGAAGAAGUCGCCGGCGUACUCGUAAAAGACGCAGUCGAAGUCGAAGCCGCGGGCGUCGAAGCCGUUCAUUGUCAUCGGAUGACUCGAGUUCACGAAAACGUAGUCGUCACUCACGCUCGCGUCCUCGGAAGGAUGGCCGGCAGCAUGAUGAAAACCGACAUGAGUCGAGCCGAGAAAGUAGGCGUCCUGGUGGUCGAGGUGGAUUUAGUCAAGGAUAUGGGGAAAAGAACGAAAAAUUGCUGACAGGGCAACAAAUUGCACGAGCUCGCGAUAUGGAGAGAGGACGAGAGCGUAACCGAUUAUCGAAUGAGGACUACGACACUUUCAAGGAAUCGCUAGAUGAACUAACCUUGGAGCGAGAAUCCGUGAAAAAGACGAUGGGUUUUGCUUUGGACAAUUCAGAGGCGGCGGUGGAUCUGGUCAACAUCAUUUUAGAGUCUUUCAAAAGCUCGACCUCUUCGGGCGUGGCUCUUGUUGGUCUAUUGUACGUGACGUCCGACAUUUUGCACAACAGCUCGGCUGCUGUCAAGAACGCGUCGCUUUUCCGCACGACAUUUCAAGAGUGCCUGCCAGAGAUUAUGGAUACACUACGCAUUGCCCACAAGAGCAUCGCUGGUCGCAUGUCUGCAAAUGCGAUGAAGGAAAAGGUGAUGAACGUGCUGACGGCAUGGGAAAGCUGGAGUCUGUUUCCCCCUGCCGUGCUCGUGGGGCUCCAUGCUACAUUCCUGCGAAAAGUGGAAGAGGACGAGUAUAUCGCCACCCACAGCCUGAAUUUUGAUGGCAUUGGAGAAUCAGAUCAAGAGCGAUUACGGAAAACAUGCCGACAGUCAGGAAUUAUGGCCACUGGAGAUGCGAAGCGGUUGGCAGUGCGACUGCAGUGGCUGAAGGAGUUUACAUCUCCAACUGCACUGAUUGCUCCUGGGUCAACAGUAAACCCCAGUUUUCAAUCAAAUACCACUAGCAACGUAAGGGAAACGGCCACCCCGACUGCACCAGAUAUUGAUACAAACGAUGAGACAGCAGAGACGAUCAGCGAAGAUGGCAAAGGAAAUGGAAACGUAGAUGACUUGGAUGGCGAACCUAUUGAUGGAGAGCCGAUCGUAGAAGACAGCGAUGAUAUUGAUGGUGAGCUGAUGGACGAUGGAGUGCUAGAUGGAGAACCGCUAGACGGAGACACGGCUGAAGACGAUCUAGAUGGCGAGCCACUCGAUGGUGAAGAUUUGGAUGGCGCUCCUAUGGAUGAGGAAGAUUUGGACGGGAAACCGAUCUAGGCUACUGCCCCAUUCAUUAUCGGUUUAUCUACUAGGAAGAAGCAAUUAUGUCUCGUCAGUGGAGUGUGCUUGUUUACGAGAAUUGUUCCGAUAGCUCAAUCAAAUCCAUGGCGCCAUAGUCCACAAUAUCAAGGUGUCGCUCUUGAUCUUCUUGCCACUCGAUGUGAUUCGCGUUUGGUGGGUCGAUGUCUUGGUCGUCUUCAUUGUCACUAUUGUGUUCGACAGUUUGAGAAAUGGUUACGGUCCACAAAGGACAUUCUGGAAAUGGGUGCUUACUUAUUGCUGAGAGUUACCGGUAUGGCUUUAACGCAUGGAACAGAACGUCCUUCCUGCAGCAGAGUAAGCUGGAGAGUGCGUAGAUGCGUCUCGCGCUGCUGUGUGUAUAGUUACAGAAACUAUCGCGUCGUUCAGGAAUGCCAAAUUGAAUAAGAAAUGAAACAUUGGAAAGGAUAUUGCACAGAAUGUGGAGCUGCAGCAGCUUCUGCAGGGCGUGAACGUCUCCUUGGUAGGCUUCCAUAGGCCCAAGUUUCUCGAUCAUCUGUUGCAAGGGUGGUCGUUCAGUUCAGAGUUCGGCACGAGACCCGUGAGGCAUCAUUACAUGUAGGAAAAAAAAUAUUAAUACCUCCGCCACCUUAGUCCACACGUGAAGGCGAUCCGCGAGGAUACUCUCCAGCGUUGCCUCAUUUGUGUAUGGUGCGGACAGAGGUUGAUGUUUGAUUUUUGAAAUGGUCGUGGCUUCAGAAGGCACUACAAGACAAUCGGCCAGCGUUGGUGCAUUCUCCAGUGACAUGGAGGGGUGGAAUUCGACAAAGCCUCUGUCUGCUGUUGUCGAGGUUGCUCCAGCUCGUAGGGCGGCCGAGCGGCCAUUAUCAAGCUGCCUGCCGCGGCUGGACGUUGAUUUCCUCGACAUCAUUAUGGGGUCGAAGAAGCCGUUUUAUAAAUAAUACAGCUUGACUUUCCUAGCCCA